AGAAGGCCUUCGUCAUUUCCCUAAAAUAAAACGGAAACUAGCGAGUUCACGAAAUAGAGAAAAGCGGCGAGGGGCGAUGCUUGGACGAAAAGAAAGAAUCAAUUAACUUCACAAAAAAUACUUAGGAACUGUUUCUGGUGUUUACCUUCAUCGACGGAAGGCCCACAACAAUGUCUGCCCAAGCUCAAAUGAGAGCUUUGCUCGACCAGCUGAUGGGAACAGCGAGGGAUGGUUCAGUGUAUCUUUGCCAGCCUACAACAAUCUGCAAAGGAGUUGCAGAAAAGCCUCAUGUUCAUCGAGCCGUGAGUCACACAUAAUUUUUAAAGCUGUUAUGAUGAAUAUCCCAACCAUUUGUUUGCCUUCCGGAAGUUACUGUAGACUUUUUUUAAACACACAAAUGGGUAUAUCUUCAGUGGCACUAGAUUUAUAAUUUGGCGUAGUGUAAUGCAGAUGAGCUAAGACGUCUGGUCGCGCACAAUCCAAACGAGCAGUUCGUCUGUUUUCAGAAGGCAAUUUUAAAAAACAUCCAGAAAAAAAACAACAACUUUGCACACAUCAUUUACAAUCUGACUUGUGUAUCACUCCCAACUUCUUACUACAGGUAUGGGCAAGAAAACUGUUCCCAUUUAUACUUUUCUACAGCGGGUUUAAAAUUCUGCAGCUGAGGUCUUGAAGAUGCAGAAGGGUACAGUAUGUGGUGCAGAUCGCAGUGUGUAUAAACUAAUUUUUUUCCUUGGAGUUCUUUUGUUUUACGUUUUUUCUUUUGACUUUAUUUUCAAUGUCUCACACAUGUUUAACGGCUUCCCUGGAAAAUCGGUCUGAAAUGUUUACAUUGCUUAUCACAUAGCAGUCUUUUCUGCAUAGUCGUAUGCACUGAAAUAAAGCUACUGUUCACACUAGUUAUUGGACACGAGUUUAUAGUUAUUAUUUACCUGUGCUUAAUCUCACCAUGCUCCACAUUAACAGAGUGGACAGUGGGCCUCAUCACAAGUUAAACUGAGUUGAGGCUGCUAUAUUUAAAAUGAGGUUUGGCUAAGGUAAGCACCAAGAAUAAACAGAAGGACAUCUACAUGCAGAGCCUCAUUACCUUCUUCAGCCAUGAAACACAAAUGGAAAAUAAGCAUAGCGGCGCAGUAUCUAUUACUCGCGUAUAUAUUGUUAUACCAAUGAAAUAUAUGUCAAACUUUGUAACACCAUAAAUUAAUUUGUUUUCACUCAUUUAGGUGGACACAAAAUCCUUGAAUGCAGUUAUAACGACACAUACCUGCCCAUUUAAUGUUGUACAGUUAUGUAUAUUAAAGCCCUGAAUACCUCGCCCCUGAUGACAAAUAUGUGAGGUCUUUCUGACUGGGUGUUUUUUGGACUGUUACAGGGGAUGAGACGCGACAGAGGGUCAAGUUCAGUGACGAGCGAGUCUGCAAAAGUCACCUUCUAAACUGCUGUCCACAUGACAUCCUGUCUGGAACUCGUAUGGACCUGGGAGAGUGCACGAAGAUCCACGACCUGGCGCUUCGGGCAGAUUAUGAAAUUGCUUCCAAGGAGAGAGAUCUGUUCUUCGAGCUUGACGCGGUGGAUCACCUUGAGUCGUUCAUUGCAGACUGUGACCGGAGGACAGAACUCGCCAAGAAGCGCCUGGCUGAGACCCAAGAGGAGAUCAGUGCUGAGGUGGCAGCAAAGGCAGAGAAGGUUCAUGAGCUGAACGAGGAAAUAGGAAAGCUCCUGGCCAAGGCUGAGCAGCUCGGAGCCGAGGGAAACGUGGACGAGGCCCAGAAAGUCCUGCAGGAAGUGGAGAAGGUCCGAACUAAGAAGAAGGAUGCAGAGGAAGAGUACAGAAACUCCAUGCCAGCCUCCAGCUUCCAGCAGCAGAAGCUCCGGGUGUGCGAGGUGUGCUCCGCUUACUUGGGUCUCCAUGACAACGAUCGUCGCUUGGCCGACCACUUUGGCGGGAAGCUUCAUCUGGGCUUCAUCCAGAUCAGAGAGAAACUGGACCAGCUAAAGAAAACUGUGGUCGAGAAGCAGGAGCAAAGGAACCAGGAGCGCUUGAAGAGACGAGAAGAGCGUGAGAAAGAGGAGAAGAUGAAGAAGAGAACCAGAUCACGCAGCAAAGAGCAGAAAAGAUCCCGCUCUCGUGACCGCAGGAGGAAGCGCUCACGCUCCACGUCACGAGACAAGCGCCGCUCGCGCUCACGCUCCAGAGAGAGGAGGAGGAGGCACCGCAGCCGAUCCAACUCCCGCGGCCGAGGACACCGUCACAGCCACGAGCAGAGCUCCAGACACAAGUCGUCCAGGGACCGAGAGCGCUCCUCCAGAGACCGGUCACGGGAGCGGGAGAGGAGGGAGGGGGUGAACGGCCGGUCGGACUCCCGCCGGGGAGAGGACCGGGACACGGGGGACCUCUGAAGACCAAAUUCCAUCCAUCACGACACACAGCGUCCUCCUGUCUCCCUCACCGCCUGUCUCUGUCCAUUUAUAAAAAAGGAUAACCUAAUGUCACACACAGGCCUCGCCGAGCCCUCUGUUCUCCCGCCUGCCUCCUUUUCUUUGCUUUAAUGCAGCCGACCCACACUACCUGAAGUAUAAAAUAUUCCAGAUCCAUCACAGGCGUUUGGAAUGGUGGGGGUUUAGUUUUUGACCAGUAGUGGAGUGUAUUGUGAUGCCCACAUCUGUGAUUUGGUUGCUGUCUGUAUGAUGCAUCUCCUUAUAAAUACCCUGCAAUGGUUCUCGCUGAACACAUGGUCUGCUGGACUGAAGUGUAACCUGUUUAUUGUUACCUGGUGACCUUUUGAUACAGUCUGAAUAUCUGAUUUCUGAUUCUUUUGUAGGCCUUAUAUGUUUUCUUUCAUCUCCCUUAUGAGGACUUGUUGAGUGCAGUUCAUGAAUGUCUCUCACCGCAUUUCUCCUUAGUUUGAGCCCCGUGAAAGUUACAGUUUUUAAGUUGUGAGUUUAAGUUCCAUUUUUAUGUUUCCCCACGUCCACUUCUCUUUAAUAAAGCAAGUUUUAUUUUACGUUGCCGGCGGUGAAGGGGAUCUUUUUGUCCUUUUAAGAGUUAAUGCUUGUUUGGAAUUGUUUUGGUGGCAUGUCUCUUUGUUUUCUAAUUUCUCCCCCUCUUGAUUCUCUUUUAUUCAAAACCCACUGUUGGCGUGUGAAGCAGCAGGUUCAGAAAGGAAUUGGAAAGUCGAUGCUAUAUCUGUACAUACAUUUUUAUUAAUGUUUCAUUUUGGCCCAGUUUCAACAAGUUCCUCAAGAUAGAUUUAUAAUUGCAAACCGAUUUUAAUGGAUGCAUUGCUUUACCUACUGUGUGAAGUCAUAUCUGUUUAUGUUCUGCUGGAAAUCUUUCUUUAAAGUCUCCAUUAAAACAAAUAUCACCAUUUAAA